GAGUAACUCCCCCUGCGCCGGGUGUUGUGUGGGGCGCAACCACUUCGAAAACUCCGGGCCUGGAGAACUCCUCUGCUGCUCUUUAGCACAUCCCCCCCCCCCGCCAUUGUCACAACACAACGUUCACCUACCUCCGAUCACCACACUCGCCGCGAGUCCCGCCGUCUUUCCCGUCGACGCACCUCCACCCCGCCAGAUCUCGCCACUUCCCUCGCCGACAUGGGUGCUGCUCACAAGAUCGCUGCUCACGGCGCGGCUGUCGCCAAGAAGGGCGGCCCGAGCGUUAUCUUCGAAAUAGCCGCCGGCCUUAGCCUCGGCGUCGCAGGCGGGGCGAUGUGGAAGAUGUAUCACCUCAACUUGAAGCGCAAGACGGAGGAGCUGUACAGCUCGCUGGAAAAGGGUGAACUCACCGUCAGCGGCAGCCAGUAACGAGACCAGCCAGUAACGAAUCAGGAGGCCCUCAUGGAACUGGUAGAAGACAUCCCUACCGUACAUUUGAUCUGUGGCUAUGAGACCUAAGAACCAGCAGCAUUCGUCUCCCGUUAGAAGCAUUCGCUCCACAGAGUCCCCUUUGGUACUGUAGCGCCCUGCUGCGCCGUGGCCCGUGGUCUGUGCUGUGCGCAUCUCCUGUGCUGUACUGAUAUGAUACUCGGUCACGCCCUGUCCUUUGGCUGGCAGCAUUUCUUUCCAUGGGUAGUGGACCGUGUUGUGGUGCAGCUUUGUUAAGAUUCCGCCAAUAUGAUUUUAUGAAGACCACAGGAUGGGUGCUUUGGUUUGGUUUGGAGGCCCACCAGCAAACCACUACAGAAAGCCAUUGAUAGUGUUAGGGAAUUAAGAAGCUGCAAUGCAUAAAAGCACCGUAAGAAA